UUGCUGUGAGGUACUAGUGGAUGAGAGAGCAGAUGCGCCGCCAAGUACGCACGAUGUUUCAGGAACUUUAAGCCUUCAAAAACAUGAAAGAUACUUUCGAGCCAAGCAAUCGAAUACAUGACAAACAUCAACAGAGCACCUGACAAGCAGCCAGCACAAGAUCUCUCAUUUAGUAAAAAACACUCAUCUUAAUCCUCGCUGGACUACAGAGAUCCCUUUCAGCUCCUGACUGUCUGUGAUAUCCCAUCAUGCCACUACUUGUGUUUCAUACUUCCCAGCUGUUGUGGGUGCGUUUAGCUGCCCUGGUGUUCACCUGCGUGGCGUUCAGUGUUGCAGCACAUGGAGCCAACCUUCCCCAUGGAGGCAUGGCCGACUGGUGCAUUUUCUGCUGGGCAUUCAGCUUCGCCUGCACCCUGCUGGUCCUGCUGGUGGAGCAGUUCGGCCUCCAGGCCCGCAUCCCAGUGUCCUGGACCAACUUCCCCAUCACUAUCGCCUGCUAUGCCGCCCUCCUCUGCCUCUCUGCCUCUAUCAUCUUCCCAGUUUACUUCAUCAAGGACCAGCAGCGCUACGGUGAAACUCGUGACUAUCGCAUCGCUUCCACCGUCUUCUCCUGCCUGGCUGCGGUAGCCUAUAUGGGGGAGGUGAGCUUGUCUAAAGCAAGGCCAGGGGAGGUCACAGGCUAUAUGGCUACAGCUCCAGGCCUGUUAAAGGUGUGCCAGACCUUUGUAGCCUGUGUAAUUUUCAUGCUGGUCAGCAGCCCUGCGCCAUCAUAUGACCAUCAUGCAGCACUCAAGUGGUGCAUGGCAGUGUACUGCAUCUGCUUCAUCCUUUCCAUGGCUGUGGUGGUGCUGUGUGUAGGCGAGUGCACUGGCUGUCUCCCCAUCCCAUUCUCCAAGUUCCUGUCAGGGUACGCCCUCCUGGCAGUUAUCAUGUACCUGACUGCUACCAUCAUCUGGCCAGUGUUCCAGUUUGACAAACAGUACCAACGUAGAGGCAACAAUACAAACCUGAUCGCAGUGGCAGUGCUCACUGCGCUCAACUUCCUGCUUUACCUUGCGGACCUGGCCUACACUGCCAGGCUGGUGUUUGUCACUGUGUAAGAAGAAAGGGAAUGAAGAAGGGAGACAUAUUGAGUAAUGAAGAACAGAAAAAAAGCUAAGAGCUUGAAUGGCUUUGUAUUUCUGACAAAAUACACAUGAAUAUUCCCUUCUCAAAAUGCUCGCUUGCAGUAUGUAUGUUAAUGUAUGUAAAGUGCCUAGAUAUCUGCAAUGACAAUAUUUAACCUCAAAUGUGAGUUUACCUUUAUUAAUGUCACGAAAUAUCAGAACAUGAAAUAUUUUACAUGAUGGUGUGACAAAAUCAAAGUAAGCAUGUAACGCUGUUAGAGUCCAAUGAAGUCAAAGACACUGGAACACAAGAGAACAGCAGGAGAAACGUAUUUACUGUAUCUGAGACACACAAGAACUCUUCAGUUACUGAUGAGGAAGCGUUGUGUGCAAUACAUGAACACUUUGAUUUCAUCACAACCUAAAACAAAGAUUUCUUCAUUGUCCUUAUUGUCUUCUAUUUUUAAGGUUUUGGGAAAAAAUAUUGUAGUCCUCUUUUGUCUUGAUAACAAAGUAUCAGUAUUGAAAGAUUUGAAAUAAUGUAAUUUGAAGUUGAGUUUUGA